UUUUCUUCUUUCUGCUGACUAAAAGGGCUUCUAAAGAACCCUAAUUCUCUAUAAAUUUAGGGCAGAAAGGUGCAGAGAGAGAGAGAGAGAGGAGAACUGCAAUGGCUCUGAAGCUGGUUAUGUUUAUUGCUAUGGCUAUAGUUCCAGCUAUAGUUGGAGCGACCGAGUAUGUUGUAGGGGAGGAGAAGGGCUGGACUCUUGGAGUGAACUACACUAAAUGGGCUGAGGGGAAGGAGUUCAAAGUUGGGGAUCAGAUUACUUUUAACUACGUACGGGGGAAGCACAACGUGCUGAAAGUGAGAGGGGAGGCAGAAUUCAAUUCCUGCAACAAACUGGGACAAGUUCCGCCUCUGACAUCGGGAAACAAUUCGUUUAUUUUCAUCACCGGCGGAAGAAAAUGGUACAUUUGCGCCUUCGAAGACCACUGCCAGAGAGGAAUGAAGCUUUCCAUCAACGUAGAAGAAGCGGAGGCUCCCGCUCCUUCGCCCACCGACGGGUAUGACAACUCGGCCGGCAAUAUUGCUACGUUUGGCUAUUAUAAAUAUUUGGUGGGAUUGGCUGCUGUGUUGGGAGUGGGGGUUAUGUUAUGAUGAGUGUGGGGGAAUUUGUGUGGAUGGCUUUGUUUAUGCGUGUUUUUUUUUAUAUAUAUUUGGGUAUGUGAUAUUGUGUGAUGGAGUGAGCUGUUUAUUUAAAUUAUUAAUAAAAUUCCUCUUGUUGAAUCGAGUUCACCUGUUGAAGUGGUUGCCUAAGUAGCUGAAUCGAGCUUGUUUAUCGAUCUGAUCAUUCUCAUCUUCCUCGAAAGGACAACCUAGCCCACCUA